AUGGGCGACUUCCACGACGUAGAGGCUACCGACGGCGUGCGCUUCUCGUGGAACGUGUGGCCGAGCUCACGCCUCGAGGCGACGCGCAUCGUGGGGACGUGCCCCGCGAUGCUCAACCCGUAUUGCCGCAUCGACUUCAAGGCCAAGAUCUGGGCGCUCAAGGACUCGCUCGAGCAAGUGCUGCAGCUGCUAGCCUCCGCGGCGCCGACGGCGCUCAUCGGCCUCAUCACCUUCGGCACCGUCGUCCAAGUCCACGAGCUCGGCUUCGAGCACUGCUCCAAGUGCUACACCUUCAAGGGGACUAAGGACCCGGCCCCGGCCCAGCUCGCCGAGCAGCUGGGCGCCCCGCCGCACCCCGCCGCACACCUGCCCGCCGCCUUCCCCACGGCCCCGUGCCCGACCCCGACCCUUACCCCGUGCCGCGCAGGCAUCUCCGCGGGAGGCGCGCGCGUGAUGCUCUUCACGGGCGGACCGUGCACCAUCGGGCCGGGGCAGACGGUUGGCUGCCCGCUGGCCGAGCCGAUCCGGUCGCACCACGACAUCGAGAAGGAGACGGGCAACGUCAAGCACAUGAAGAAGGCGCUCAAGCACUACGCCGGAGUGGCGCAGCGCGCCUCAAAGGUUGGGCAUGUCUUCGACAUCUUCGCCUGCGCGCUCGACCAGGUCGGCGUGGCGGAGAUGCGGGCCGUGGUCGAGCGGACGGGCGGGUACACGGUCAUGUCCGAGUCCUUCACCGGCAACAUCUUCAAGCAGUCGCUCUCGCAGGUCUUCGCGCGCGACGCGUCGGGCACGGCGCUGCGGAUGGCUUUCGGAGGCGGCACGGUCGAGGUGCUCACCUCGAACGAGUUCAAGGUGUGCGGCGCCAUCGGCAACUGCGCUUCGCUCGGCAAAAAGUCGAACAACAUCGGGCUCGGCAACACGAAUGCGUGGAGCGUGGGCGGGCUCGACGAGGACACCACGCUCGCCCUCUACUUCGAGAUGGCGGCGCAGAGCGGAGGGCAGCAGCAGCAGCAGGCGGGCGGGCAGCGCUACCUGCAGCUGCUCACCUCGUACCAGCACUCGUCGGGCCAGUACCGGCUGCGCGUCACCACGCUGGCGCGGCCUUGGGCCGAGGCGGCGCAGGCGGGCGAGAUGGCGCGCGGCUUCGACCAGGAGGCCGCGGCGGUGCUGAUGGCGCGCAUCGCUUCGCACAAGACGCAGACGGAGGAGGCGCGGUCACUGCUCCGCUGGAUCGACCCGCACCGGCUGGCGGAUCUCUCAGGAUGGAGCGCCGACCUCCUCAGGCGCCCGCCCGUGCCCGUGCUGCUCGACGUCACCUCCAUCGCCCCCGACCGCAUCCUGCUGCUCGACACCUUCUUCCACGUCAUCGUCUACCACGGCGAGACGAUCUCCGCGUGGCGCAAGCAGGGCUACCACGAGACCGCAGAGCACCAGAACUUCCGCGAGCUCCUCUCGGCGCCCAAGGAGGACGCGGCCGAGCUGCUGCAGCAGCGCUUCCCCGUGCCGAUGUACAUCGAGUGCGACCAGUACGGCUCGCAGGCCCGCUUCCUGCUCGCGAAGCUCAACCCGUCGGUCACGCACAACUCGUCGCAGUCGGGCGCCGCCUCGUCCGACUUCCUCUUCACUGACGACGUCUCGUUCCAAGUGUUCAUGGACCAUCUCAAGCGACUGGCCGUCGAGUCAAAGUGAUGCGCUGCUCCCCCUCUCUCCCCAUCCCUCUCUUGGCGGGCGCGGCCGGCCGUGCAGACCACAGUCAGCACACUUGGGCGAGCCGGGUCGUUGGCUCGCUCGUGCUCGAACUAGCUCUUACUUAGAGGCGUGGCCGUGGGCGCCCAUGUCGUCGCUUGUCGGUGGUGGCACGCGCGCAUGUGCCGCGUCCAGGCCUUUCACGUUGUUUUGUUUUUUCGACACGUGAUCAUAUCUCU